AUGGACGCCGAGCGAACCAAGGUCACCCAGCUGCAAGCGCAGAUGACGAUCACCAGGAACCAGGAGCUCAACCAGCGGCGCGAAAUCGACUCCAUGAUCGAGGAGCUUGAUACGAUGCGGAAGAAGCACGCGCGAGAGGUCAUGGAUCUUGAGAUGGAUAUGAGGAAGAAGGACCGAGAAAACAGAGAGCUCCAGGAGGAUCUCAAAUGCUGCCGAUCCGACCUUGCGCGAGAACGGGAAUCCGUCUCGCAGCUCAAGGCCACCGUCGCGAGCCAGUCUACGGCGGACCUCACGAAGGCCGCCCAGAUGCAUGCUCUGCAGGCGCAGCUGAGCGCUCUUCAAUCCACCUAUUCCACUGCAUUGUCCCAGAUCGCGCAGCUACAGCUGGAGGUGGAGACUGUGCAGAAGGAGAAGGAGCGACUAAGGAACGAGGUCAUCGACGGCGAGAUGGUGCGGAGGAAACUCCACAAUACUAUCCAGGAGCUGAAAGGCAACAUACGGGUGUUCUGCCGAGUUCGCCCGGCGCUUGCAGCUAACGAAGAGGUCGCUGCAAUAACGUUCCCAGAUCCGCUUGACCACAAGGAGAUCGUGGUCGCCUCCUCCUCGGAAAGUGCGAUGGGCAAUGAACGCAAAGAGACAUGGAACUUUACCUUCGACAAGGUAUUCGAGCCUCCUUCUACGCAAGCGGAGGUGUUCGAAGAGAUUUCGCAUCUUGCUCAAAGCUGUGUUGACGGCUACAACGUUUGCAUUUUUGCUUAUGGGCAGACCGGCAGCGGCAAAUCGUUCACGAUGGAGGGCGGGAUCACAGACUCCACGGCUGGUAUGAUUCCACGGGCGGUAGAGCAGGUCUUCCGAGUCGCCGAAGACUUGAAGUCGAAGGGCUGGGAAUACAAGAUGGAAGGGCAGUUCCUUGAAAUUUAUAACGAAACCAUCAACGAUCUCCUUGGUCACGGCGAACUAGACAAGAAGAAGCACGAAAUACGACAUGACGCCAAGAACGGCACGCGCGUCACCGACGUGAACGUUGUGCCGCUGCGCUCCCCGUCGCAGGUUCGGACGCUGCUUGCCGCGGCGCAGUCCAGGCGGACGGUAGCCGCGACGCUUAUGAACGAGCGAUCCUCCCGGUCGCACUCCGUAUUCACUCUGCGGAUCUCUGGCACGAACGCGCAGAACGGCGAGAGGUGCGAGGGGUGCCUGAAUCUCGUCGACCUCGCCGGCUCGGAGCGGCUCAACGCGAGCGGUGCGGCCGGGGACAAGGAUCGGUUGCGUGAGACACAAAACAUUAACAAGAGCUUGAGCGCGCUCGGCGACGUGAUUGCGGCUUUGGGAGAGCGAGGAGCCAGCGGCGAUGCCGCGAAGCACAUUCCUUACAGGAAUUCCAAGGCAAGAAGUCCGAAUGUCGCGUCCUUGCCACAUAUUGACUCCCUCGUUCAGCUCACGUACCUGCUGAUGAACUCGCUCAGCGGCAAUUCAAAGACGCUCAUGAUUCUCAACUUGUCGCCUUUGGCCGCGCAUCUGAACGAGUCUCUGUGCUCACUGAGAUUUGCCACCAAGGUGAACAAUACCAUGCUAGGCACUGCAAGGAAGCAGCUACGCAAUUGA